GUGAGCGAGCAAGCGAGAGAGAGAGAAACAGCACUGAUGAUCGACGCCAGGCUGCCACCACUCUGUAGUGGUGAGUGGCUGCAACAAAAGCACAGAAUAACAUCCCUGGCUUUCCGCUCGUCUUUUCUCUCUGCCACUGGCUGCCUGCGUCGUUAGCCGGCUGCUCGGAACGCCCAGAGCCUAUAGGAGAAGAGCAGCACGCUCAUCGCUGCAGUAGGCUGUGUUGCCACCACGGACCGACUAACCCAACGGCUCUCUCCCUGCCAUCAACAAGUUAAGGACUGGACGGUUAAGGGAAGGAGAGGACCCACCCCCAACCAAGAGGGGCACCAUUUGAUCCUCAAUUAACCAAUUGAGCUGACAUCAUUGCAGUGGAAAGACGAAAGAGAACGAAGGGAACAAAACCAAAAAAAAGGAGGGGGGGGGGUGGAACAGCAGCGAGAAGCUGCAUUCCGAGCCAGGGCGCUUUGGACGCAAAUCACCAACAACAACAAAAAAACUAUUGAUAAAAUAAAAAUGCACCUUUUUUUGAUAAUGUGGGAUUAAAACUACAUAAGGAAAGAGGACAAAUAGAAACCCGACAACAUCGACAUGGGAUUUGUGAUUUUGUUUCAAUUGGGAGGGCUCCAGAGCAUCGCUGCCACUUUCUUAUUUCAGGAAGAGAAGGUUCCUUUUGUGAUUUCUACUCAAAAGGGCUUUUCUUUCCUCGCUUUGGAUUUGUGUUCCUUCUGGCUGCUUCGGGAGUCCGCUGUAGAAAAGGACAGUUGAAUGCAGCCUCCGACGUGCACAAAAGAAUGGGUUUCCAUUCAAGGUGGCCAUUGGUGGGACCUGCACCAACGGCAUUGUGCCUGUGUGUGAUCAGCAUGCUGCUGUGCCUGCUGUCUCCUGCGUCAUGCACAACCUGCCCCCAGAAAUGCCGCUGCGAGGACCAGCAGUUCUACUGCGACACRCAGGGGCUGGAGGCGCCCCCGGAUGGCGUUGACCGGGGGGCUCUGGGGUUGUCGCUCCGCCACAACAGCAUCGCUGAACUGAGCCCGGACCAGUUCUAUGGCUUCUCCCAGCUCACCUGGCUCCACCUGGACCACAACCAGGUCACCACGGUGCAGGAGGACGCCUUCCAGGGGCUCUACAAACUCAAAGACCUCAACCUGAGCUCCAACCGGAUCACAAKGCUGCCAAACACAACCUUCAUKCACCUCAUCAACCUACAGAUCRUYGARCUGUCCUUCAACCUGAUGACUGCGCUGGAGCCUGAGCUGUUCCAUGGCCUCCGCAAGCUMCAGAUCCUCCACCUGCGCUCCAACUCGCUGCGCACCACCCCCGUCCGGGCCUUCUGGGACUGCCGCAGCCURGAGUACCUGGGUCUGUCCAACAACCGGCUGCGGAGCCUGGCCCGGAACGGCUUCGCUGGCCUCAUUAAACUCAGAGAACUCCACUUGGAACACAACCAGCUGACUAAGAUCAACCUGGCUCACUUCCCCCGCCUGGUGGCUUUGCAGUUCCUUUACCUGCAGUGGAACAAGAUCUCCAACCUGACCUGCYYRAUGGAGUGGACCUGGACCACGCUGGAGAAGKUGGACKUSACGGGGAACGAGAUCCYGGUGCUGACCCCGGACGUGUUUGAGACGCUGCCCAACCUGAAGAUCCUCCUAUUGGAUAACAACAAGCUAGGCAGCKUGGACCCUCUGGUCUUGGAUAUGUGGCGGUCUCUAGGUACCGUGGGGRUGUCCAGCAACCUUUGGGAWUGUACCAAASGMAUCUGRUCCCUGGCCACUUGGCURAGCACCUUCAAGGGGAGGUGGGAACACUCCAUCCUGUGUCACACCCCCGAGUACGCCCAGGGCGAGGAGAUACUGGACGCCGUUUAUGGAUUCCAACUUUGCCCGAAUUUUACGGCGCCGCCACCGGUCGUCUUGACCACAAACACAUUGUCGAUGGCCACGGACGUGUCGACAGGCACAACUGUGGAGGUCACCAGCUCGCUGUUUGGAAUAAUGCAGCAGACACCCACGCAGGACUUCUAUGUGGAUUUUGGCCGCUUUACGACCAUAAUGACAACGACCACCACGCAGCGCACCGCCCUGGCAACCGCCCUGGCAACCUCCGCCACGACAGCGGAGGGCGGAGAGCUGGGAGUCACGGAGGACUUCUCGGAGACGGACAACACGGUCCUAACCCAGAGGGUGAUCAUUGGAACUAUGGUCCUUCUGUUUACCUUCUUCCUCAUCAUUUUCGUUGUGUUCAUCUCACGGAAGUGCUGCCCUCCUACCAUGCGCAGGAUACGCCAGUGCACGGCCAUGCAGAACCGCCGCCAGAUGAGGACCCAGCAGCGGCAGCAAAUGGCGGACCUGGCCACGCAGGUACCCUAUAACGAGUACGAGCCCAGCCACGAGGAGGGAGCGUUGGUUAUCAUCAAUGGUUACGGGCAGUGCAAGUGUCAACAGCUGCCUUACAAAGAGUGUGAAGUGUGAACUAUAUAUUCCUGCUGCAGCAGCAUAUGGGCUGUUCACCAUUCUGACCAUUUCAAACAAUACAGGGUUUGUUUUUUGCUCCCCCCCCCCCCAGUUUAUACAACAAAAAAAGCAAACUUUCUACUCGCUAGCUCUGAGAAAUCAAUGCGAUAAGUACAUUGAGUGGGAGAGUUGAUGACUGGUGGGUGGAACGGACAGUGAAGAGACUGAUGAUGAGGAUGCAGUAGGAAUAGUCACAUUUAUUUUUAUAUGAAUGCAAGAUUGUUCAUAUCAAGCUGUGGGCAAUCGGUCUCCACAGGAAAGAGAGAAGAAAAAAAACGGUAGACAGGUUUGUCACCACAUUACUAUCAGUCACUAUGUUCCACAGCACAGAGGAGAUGAAAUCUUUAGCCAAGAUGUCUGGAGACUAAUCCCUCUUACUACGAGACGGUAAGGCUACAGAUACAUGGUCUAUAUCAUUUCCAAGGGGAAUCAGUGUGGGACAUUUGAUUAUGACGACAGAUAAGAUGCACGGUAGCCACAGUCUGUCACCAUCACAAUCACUUGUUGGUACAGUAGUGAGUAUAUAAAAGGGGUUGGUUAUUAAAUUAAAAGCUUUUUUUAUUCACAUUUGUUCAUUUUUUUUGGUAAAUUACUAUGAAUAUUGAAUAAAUGUUUAUUUAUGUCACAAUCUGAAUUAAAUCUCCAACAGAAAAUGGAA